UCGAGAAGCAUUCCGUACAACGAAGGAUGAAACAUAUUGAGAGGCUCGGCGUCGCGAUUGGUGCUCGAGAAUGGCUGCGGCAUCUGCUCAGCCAUUGCUCUCCCUCCGCCCGGCCCUCUUCUCUGCUAAAAUUUCCGUCUUAUUUCCUCGCCCCUCAUCUCUCUCUUCGAUCUAUCGCAAGCCCCAUCCGAUUGUCGUGCUCCACCCCCACAGACCAAGAUAUCCGGCCGCUGCUGUUUUGCCCUCUAAUUCCCCCCUUUCUAUCACAACCUCAGGACAGGGGGAUCAUGACGGCAGCGUUCGCGGUGUUAUUUUCGCUGUCAUUGAUUCGAUCUCUCUCCUUCUGACGUCAGUCACGCUCUCCCUCUCCCUUUUAUUGGUUGACGUCGAUCCCGCGUCGGCCUUCGUGGUUUCCACGCCCAGAAAGCUCCAGUCGGAUGAGCUUGCCACAGUUCGACUUUUUCAGGAUAAUACCCCCUCCGUUGUCUACAUCACCAACCUCGCCGUCCGGCAGGACGCAUUCACACUUGAUGUGUUAGAAGUGCCACAGGGUUCGGGCUCAGGAUUUGUUUGGGACAAGGAGGGGCACAUUGUCACCAACUAUCAUGUAAUUAGGGGAGCUUCUGAUCUCAGGGUCACCCUUGCUGAUCAAUCAACAUAUGAUGCAAAAGUUGUUGGAUUUGACCAAGAUAAGGAUGUUGCAGUUUUGCGCAUUGAAGCACCAAAGGCGAAGCUUAGACCCAUUCCAGUGGGUGUCUCUGCUGAUCUGUUAGUGGGCCAGAAAGUUUAUGCCAUUGGAAAUCCUUUUGGACUCGAUCACACUCUUACUACAGGUGUAAUCAGUGGACUGAGGAGAGAAAUCAGUUCUGCUGCUACUGGGAGGCCUAUACAAGAUGUCAUCCAGACAGAUGCCGCCAUUAACCCUGGCAACAGCGGGGGACCGUUGCUUGAUAGCUCUGGAAAUUUGAUAGGCAUAAAUACAGCUAUUUAUUCUCCCUCAGGAGCUUCCUCAGGUGUUGGGUUUUCUAUUCCGGUCGACACGGUGGGUGGCAUUGUUGACCAGCUUGUGAAAUUUGGUAAAGUUACAAGACCUAUUUUAGGUAUCAAAUUUGCUCCAGAUCAGUCUGUUGAGCAGCUUGGCGUCAGCGGUGUGCUUGUUCUUGAUGCACCUCCUAGCGGUCCUGCCGGCAAGGCGGGCCUUCGACCAACAAAGCGAGAUGAGUUCGGCCGCCUUGUUCUCGGAGAUAUCAUUACUUCUGUUAAUGGCAAGAAGGUUGCAAAUGGUAGCGACUUGUACAGAAUUUUGGACCAGUGUAAAGUUGGCGAAACGGUGAUUGUUGAAGUAUUGAGGGGUGAUCACAAAGAGAAAUUUCCUGUGGUACUUGAGCCAAAGCCUGAUGAAACCUGAUCCAUGCGCUUCUCCAUGUAAGAAUUUGAUUUAUGGGGUUGCAUCUUAGAAUACAUAUCUAUUGGAUCUUCUGUGUCACAUAUUAUUAUAAUGCCUGGUCUGCUGUAGGUUUAAUGUAUAGUAUGUGUAUCAUUAACAUCGAAUUUACUGUUGUAGUGUAUAUAGCAAUUCUGAUAUUCCAAGCUA